GUUAAAUUACAUUUCUAUUCUUUAUUUUUUGUCCAGAAUUUAUUAUUUAAAAUUAAAAAACCCUCCAAAUGCAUCGCUGGUUUUUUGCAGAUAAUGAAGUGGUGUGUAAAGAACCAACGCCACCAUCCAGUCCAUCUGAAACGACAAGAACGCCUUCGCCAUCAUCUCUUCCUGAUACCAACUGGAUAUUUAAAGUGAAAUUCGACUGGCCACUAUGCUCCAAUGAAACUUUGGCAAUUUGUGGCAGCUGUGCUAUCCUAGGCGAAUGGAACGUUCAACAUUCUUUGCCACUAAUAAGAAAGGAAAAUUCGUCGUUUUGGGGUUUAACGGUAACUUUGCCAAGGAAAUAUGAUGUAAGUUACAGAUAUUUAGUGUGUGCUUUAAACGCCAGGGGGCGCAGAAUUGUACGUUUUUGGGAGACCCACCAUGAAGCACGUCUGAUAAGUCGUUACCAAGAACAAGACUUUGAAUCUAUUGCAGUUGACAUUUUUGGCAUUUUGAAUAAUAAACGGAAAAUUGAACGUGGUUGGAUCAAUCCUUAUAGCACAGUGGUUCAGUUUAAAUUCUAUCAGGCUCCCUUUGUGCUGAAACCCGAAUUAAACCGAGUUAAACCGUUGCUUCAUAUAAAAAUCACACCGCUAAAAAUUAAGGACCGAAAGAAAUGUGAAAACGUAACAAAUUCAAAACUACAACCGAACAAUUCCAUAGAAAGUAAAGAAGAGGAACUAAGUCAAACGUUUGCUUAUAGUGAAGUUGCAUCACUGAAAGAUCAGAACGGAGAAUUUCAUAAACAACCCAAAUAUGGCAAUCCUUGUGGAUCUGAUGAAUUAUUAAUCAUUAAUCUGACAUUGGGUGAUAUGGAGCAUACCGCCUACCAAAUUGAUUUAUAUAAUUAUUCAUCAAAGGCAGCACCAGACGUACCAGCACAUCAUUUUGGCUAUCAAUAUGUUUUGCCUCAAGAGAUAAAGGGUUCAGAUGGCACACUUCUGCUGAUAAUAAUGUGCGGCACUACACAUCGUCCAAUUGGUUCCCUGAAAUGUGAGUACUUAGUAGCGAGAUCAAUGCACUCACACGAUUUCAAUAUGGAGAAAACAUUUCAACGACAUUGGCUCACUACUAAACACGAAGGAAUAUAUAUUGGCCACAGAGGUUGUGGCAGAAGUUUUUGGUUCCAAAAUAAUAUUCUAAGAGAAAACACCAUUAAAUCGUUCAACUUGGCACUUGAACAUGGCGCAGAAAUGGUUGAAUUUGAUGUGCAGCUAACUAAAGAUAUGAUUCCAAUACUCUAUCAUGAUUUUCAAUUGUACAUAACGAAGAAACUUGAUAUUGACCCCCAGGAGUACGAUAUAAUGCAACUACCCUUAACAGCUACUGAAAUAAAUUCCCUCAAACCAUUAGGAUGUAAUAUUGAAAAGGAUUUAAUAAGUUCGCCUCUUAGUAAAUUUACAUUGGACCAAUUAGGGCGUGUUAAAGUCUAUGAACCAACAAAAGGGACAAAAUGUGGUUUUAGCACGCAAGGCAAUCGGCCAUUUAUAGCUUUGGAAUACGCUUUGAAACAAGUUGAUUGUAAAGUUGGAUUUGUUAUAGAAAUAAAAUGGCCUCAAAAAUUCAUAGAUGGCAGUAUGCAAGAAUCUUUCCUACCACAUGUUGAUAAAAAUGAAUAUGUUGAUGCAAUACUGCAUGUAGUUCUCCAAGAAGCUGGUUCCCGUCGUGUGGUUUUCUCAUCAUUUGAUGCUGAUAUUUGUACCAUGUUACGUCUAAAACAGAACCGUUACCCAAUAUUGUUCAUAAUUCAGGACACUUUAAAUGAAGCGCAAUAUUUGGAUCCACGUGGUACUACUAUUCUUAGUGGUAUUUACUUUGCCAAUGCCAUGGAACUUUUAGGCAUCAUUGUUAAUUCGACAGACAUAAUGGAAACGCCUGGAAUAGUGUCGGACAUACAUGAGCGAGAUCUUUGUGUAUUUAGCUGGGGUAAACAAAAUCGUACUGAAGAUACGCGUAAAUAUCUGAAAGCAUUGGGAGUAGACGGCAUAAUUUGCGAUCGCGUAAAUCAUGUCGUGGAACCUAUGGACUUGAAACAAAAUAUAUUUCGUAUAGAUCUGAUUGAUACAUUUUUACAAGAUAAUGGAAUAUGUUCUAUGAAAACUAUAUAA